CAACUUUCUUCCUGUCUCCCAGCUCUCACCCGCGUGGAUUUGAGGUCCAAGCCGGCAAUUUCCACGUCCGGAGGUGCCAGGAGGCUUCGCGGUCUAAGCUUGCUGCCUCCCACGGCAGCGGACAGGACUGACCCGAGGAGAGUUUGGCUUGGCAGAAGGAAAUGACCAGGGUUCAUGCUCCAGAUACAGGCCUGGAAGCACCAGAGUGAUGUCUAAAAAGAAGUGGAUUUGGAGCCAGACAUCAGGGUUCCAGCCACGACUUAGCCCUAGGCUACGGGCUAGGAAAGGCCCACUGUACCCGGGGCACAAAAGGCGCAGAGCUGACGCCGAGCCCCGCCCGAGACCAGCUUUCCAUACUGCGCAAACGCGAAGGAUCCGCCCAGGGGCGGGGCUGAGCGACCCUCUUGCGUGCCCAAUCACUAGUCACGUUCCGCCAGUUCACGUCAGCGGCAGGACCCAAUCAACGCCUAGAGCGGAGGUCUCCCACCUAUCCCGAGUGCCUGCUGCUAGCCUAGAGCGUGUGGAGCUGCUGCUUGGCUCUCGGUACGCUGCGGCCCGCCGGUCCUGCGGCAAGCUUCCAGCCUGCUCUCCCGGGAUGUCGGUGGCCUUUGUACCGGACUGGCUGAGAGGCAAGGCGGAAGUCAAUCAGGAGACGAUCCAGCGGCUCCUGGAGGAGAAUGACCAGCUGAUCCGCUGUAUCCUGGAGCACCAGAACAAAGGCCGGGCGAAUGAGUGCGUCCAGUUUGUCUUUUCAGUUUCAACCUGAAGAGGAAAUGGAGCAAGUCUUGGCAACAACAGGAAUUGGUGAGACUGCCGACUGGACCCUGCCAAUGGACAUGCAGCUCUGUGUACCCUCCUGCCAGGUGGUACUUCCAGGCCUCCUGCCUGCUCUUUUCAGGUUACUUUGAAAUAAAGCUUGCCUCUCCAUGAAAGGCUGA